AUGCCAUUCCACGGACAGUACACCGUCGAGAAGGUCCGAUACCCUUCCCAUGGCGAGACCAUCGGCGAACAAGCACCGCUGCAAUACGCGACCCGGCUCGCGGAUGAAGGCUAUGCAGCCUUGAUCUUUGACCCACGCACCGUGGGCGAAAGCACCGGCCAGCCGCGACGACUGGAAAAUCCCAAAAUGAAAAACGAAGACAUUGUCGCGGGCCUUGACUAUCUUUCGACUCGCGGCGACGUGGAUGCCUCCCGGCUUCUUCUGGUCGGCAUCUGCCAAGGCGGGCCGGAGUCUCUAGAUGUCGCAUCCUACGACAGCCGGGUAACAGGCGUGGCCUCGGUGACGGGGUACUACCGCGACCAUGAAACAGACGUGUAUAUGAUCUGCGCCGGGUGCGUGUCGGCAGAGCCCGGUGCAGACAUCUCGGCCAUGAAGCUGCCAACGCCCGAACAGGGCGAGGCACUGUAUCGAAAUCGGUUGGAGAGGGCGAAGAAGGCCCGGGAAGUGUAUGAAAAGACCGGUGAAGUCGUCUACCAGCCACUGGUGGAUCCGCAGGUGGCGGACCCCAAUAUCGGGUCUCUGGCGGCCCUCCCCGGGCCGAUUGUCUGGUCGUGGUACGGACCCUGGACGUUGAAGGGGUUUGAGAACCGGUACGCAGUCAUGAGCGACCUGGACCAUUUCGGGUAUACCACGGUCCCGGGCGUGGCGAAGCUCAUGAAACCGGCGCUGCUCAUCCACGGGGACAAUUGCAUGAAUGCAGCGGCUGCAAAGCGUCACUACGAGUCCAUUCCCACGUCCCAGAAAAAGAUGAUCUGGAACAACGAGGUCUCCCACUUUCAGCACUAUGAUCAACCGGACUGCGUGGAUCGCAAUGUAGCAGAAAUUGCGGCGUGGUUCGCCGAAACUAAAUAG